UGCUGUCCGAUAGUAGGCAUAUAAAAGGAUGAAUAUCCCCAAUACCAGACAUCACCUACCAACUCAUGAUCAACCAAGAAUCCCUCGACGAAGACUUUGAUUGCACCUUUGUCAACCUAUCCGGUAGUCUCUCUCGUGUUAAUGAUGUGGUGGGAUUUUUCAGAAAGCCUUUUCUGUUAUAUUUAUCGUGCUGAAAUUCUCUCCUUCAAAACUACAGAGCUCAAUGAUACGUCCCAGCGAUGGGUUCGCAGCGCCCCUUCCGACUGCUAUGUGGGAAACCAACACUGCUUACAACCACCGCAACCUUAUCCAAGGGCAAUACUCAACACAAUUGGUUUCCGCAUUUAUCCCCCAGGCCUUGGGUAUACCUCAAACGCAAAGUAUCUACUCCUACCCUACCGCCACCAACAUGCUUACAUCUGUCUCGAAUAAUGACUCCUGGAACAGCCCACAAACCCUUCAUAACUCCCAGGACAAUGGUCGUUUGUUAAGAGGCACCGGGCACUCUAGCUGUUCUGCAGGAGGAAGUGACUACUCGUCUUCCUACACAUUCCCAAUGCGGUAUCCAAAUGCCCACCCGUUGUGUUCCUUCUCGCAAGACAUACAUUUCGUCUUUGACACCGAAAUAUCCACCCCUGCCAAUUUCCCGCCGUAUAGUGAAUUGUCACAGCAUUGUCCGAAUUCUGCCAUCUCUCAGCCAGGCCCUCCGAGCGAGCCACUCCCACCUAUGAUACCUCUGCCUGCGACUCCUGAAUCUUUGCAAACUAGAUUUGCAUCACAACCCCAUGCAAGUCACGGUGGACCUACAUGUUCAAACCAGCCACCGACAAGACAGCCAGAUUCGGACCAGCCCUCGUCUCCCCUCUUAAUAUCCUGCCGAUGGCAACGUGACGUUGGAACAUGUGGAUUUACAGGGACACUACAGAUGUUAAGGGCGCAUUGCCAAACCAGACAUUUUAUUGGGCCACAGAAUGCUCAGAUUGCAUGCCGCUGGGAAACUUGCAAUUAUCACAAACGCAGCGACCCCACAGUUCGUGUCAUGCGACGGGACUGCAUGUGGCGUCAUACUUGCGAGGUCCAUUUGGGGAUGAAGAGGAGUACCUAGACAUGCACACCUUACAUUCUUAUGCUAGUGUGGUCUUGCUGUUUUUGGAUUCCUUAUGUACCACUACCUAUACGACUUAUGCGUUUAUGAUACCGUCAUUCCUAGUAAAUCUCUACUCUUGUCGAUCGUUUGCCCUGGGUCCUCUUUGUCUCACGUAUACUCGAUAUCCUCGUGUUUUGUGUGCGGUUCAACCAACAACUCUGAGUCAACACAUACACAAAGAAAAAGCCAUUUUGCCGCCAUAUGAAUAUAUGAAUAACGGUGAUUCACA